AUGGAUAUAAACUGUCCAUCAACAGUUCGAAGCGAGAGAACUCAAAGCACUUCACUACAGCAAGGAAUUAUUGCCAAAACAUCAUUGUCCUCACCUCCGUGGCCUGAAGUCAAACUGCCAGAUCCAAUAGAAGAGGCAAAGUACCAUGCAGAGGUCAUGCAAAAGGUGAAUGAGAUGAUUGCCAGUGGGCAGUAUGGAAAGUUCUUUGCUGUGGUUCACUAUGCCAGUAAGCAGUGGAAGGGAACCAGCGAAGAUUUGAUUUUAAUGGAAAACGUGCUGCCAGGUGAAUGUGGAGACCGAAUCCAACUGGAGAAGGCUUUGCUGGUUGGCGCCGAUGACUUCACGCUAAUUGGAAAGCCAUUUCUGGGGAAAGAUCUUGUCCAUGUGGAAGCCACAGUUAUCGAAAAAACAGAAUCUUGGCCAAGAAUUAACAUGAGAUUUUGGAAAACACAUUAUCAAAGGAAGAAAAUUAUCAUGCAGCCACAAACGGUUCUCUGGAUAAACACCAUAGAAAUUGCUCCCUGCUUGUCAUGAUCGAUUGUUGGUCUAGUAGGUCUUGGUUUAUUUUUACUGCUUUAGGAAGUAUGGAAAUAAAGAACUCUUGUCAUUG